AAAUGGGGAUGUUGCCUUUGCUGUUUUGCGGGGUGUCUUUCGCGCUUCCACAUUUUGUGACAGCAGGGAGGUGUAAAGAUACUGAUAUGUACUAUGAGAUCAUUUCAGAGGGCCAGCCUUUUGCUUUCAAUUGCUCAUACCCUCCAGCAACAAACGGGGCAGUCAAUCUGACAUGGUACAAAACACCCAACCAAAGUCCACUCUCCCAUAACAGACAGCUUAGAAAUCACCAGGAUGGGACCUGGAUUUUGUUUCUUCCCUUGGCAAAUGAGGACUCGGGCAUCUACCACUGUGUUAUAAGGGAUGCCCACAGCUGUUACCGAAUAGCUGUAAACCUAACUGUUUUUAGAAAGCAGUGGUGUGAUUCUUCCGUGGAGAGCCCCAUAAGUUCAUUGGAUGAGUAUCAACAAACCUUACCCAUGGGAAAAUCAGGCAGUCUGAUGUGUCAUCUGUACUUCCCAGACAGCUGUAUUUUGGAUUCAAUAAAGUGGUAUAAGGGUUGUGAAGAGAUUAAACCAGGGAAGCAGUAUACUUUUUCUGGAACAAAGCUUCUCGUGAACAAUGUCGCUGCAGAGGACCGUGGGAGCUAUUCGUGCACGGCCAGACUCACACACUUGGGAAGACAGUUCAUGGUUAGAAAUUACAUCGCUGUGAGCACCAAGGAAGUUGUGUCUGGAGGAAGGAUUCCUAAUAUCACAUAUCCAAAAAACAACUCCAUCGAAGUUCAACUCGGCUCCAGCCUUGUUGUGGACUGCAACAUAACAGACACGAAGGAGAACACAAACCUGCGCUGCUGGAGAGUCAACGACACCCUGGUGGAUGACUACUACAGUGACUCCAAACGCAUCCGGGAAGGAUUUGAGACCAAUGUUUCUUUGAAGGAUCACAUUUCAUACACAGUGAACAUCACAUUCUUAGAAGUGAAAAUGGAGGACUAUGGCCUUCCUUUCGUGUGCCAUGCUGGAGUGUCCACAGCCUACAUCAUGCUGAAGCUCCCAGUUCCAGAUUUCCGGGCUUACCUCAUAGGAGGGCUUGUGGCUUUCCUACUUUUGGUCAUGUCUGUCCUGUACAUCUACAACAGUUUUAAGAUUGACAUUGUGCUUUGGUACAGAAGCACCUUCCACACUGUCCAGGCUCCAGAUGAUGAGAAACUGUAUGAUGCCUAUGUCUUAUACCCCAAGUGCCCAAGAAAAAGUCAGGGCCAUGAUGUGGAAACAUUGGUGUUGAAGAUCCUGCCUGAGGUGCUGGAGAAGCAGUGUGGAUAUAAGUUAUUUAUAUUUGGCAGGGAUGAAUUCCCUGGUCAAGCUGUGGCCAAUGUCAUUGAUGAAAACAUUAAACUGUGUAGGAGACUGAUUGUCCUCGUGGCACCAGAAUCAUCCGGCUUCAGCUUUCUAAAGAACAUGUCAGAAGAACAAAUCGCUGUCUACAAUGCCCUCAUCCAGGAUGGCAUGAAGGUCAUUCUGAUUGAGCUGGAGAAAAUCAAGGACUAUAGCAUCCUGCCCGAGUCCAUUCAGUACAUCCGACAGAAGCACGGGGCCAUCCAAUGGAACGGGGACUUGACAGAGCAGUCACAGUGCGCCAAGACCAAGUUCUGGAAGAAAGUAAGAUACCGUAUGCCAGCCAGAAGGUAUCCACCAUCUUCCCCAGUCCAGCUGCUGAGGCACACACCCUGCAGCUGCACAUCAGGCAAAUGGGAUGCUGCCACAGAGCUCAUAACUCUCUGACAGAGAGUGAUCGGUGUGUGGUGACUCACAGCUACAUCCUCUUGGGGUUGUCUACCCCUGCAGCUUGCUCUUUGGUGCUGUGAGUGACUUUGUUCUUGUCCUUGUUGGAUUUUUUGGGAUGCUUGUAGUCAGACCUGAUUCUUUAGUACUCCUGUUUGCUUCAUGGCUCUUGAACACCCAUAUUCUCUCCUGAGCAUGGGGUAUCUAUGACACUGGGCCUUCAUGCCAGUGGGAUACAGUGGAUGGUCAAAAUGACAGAUCAGGUGGCAAGGAUGCUUGGUCCAUGUCGGGGAUGAGAGGUUAGGCAGCCUGAGGAUAUCAAGUGGGCAGCCUUGGGGAAGGCCAGCAAAGACAGCAGCACAGUAUCUGUGCUUGUCUAGUUUCUACCAGGCUUUGGUCCCCAGGCAGUGUAGAUUGCAUCUGAAUUUCCUCCACUCUCCCACUGCAGUUAGAUAGCUAACCAUAGCUAGCAUGAUGCCCCUGGAAAGCCACUUGGAUGUCACCUGGACCAAUGGACUCCAAGCUUUGAAAGAUAAUCUGUCAAAAAGAAUUAAGAAAGAAAAUUUCUACUUUUUAAAGAUGCUUUGCCUGCCAGAAUUCUGAGGAACAUUUGAGAGAUACAAAUUACAGCUCUGUGGUGAUGCAAUUCUAAUCCCAGUAAAUUUAUGUGAGCUUUUGGUUAGUGAGUGCGUCCUUUAUUAUAGGGUAAUUUAUGACUGCAUAAUUUGUCCAGUCUUUUAAUGCUAACCAGAGCUGCCAACCACUGUUAUUAUUUCCCAAGGCCCAACCUGGAAAAAAAUCAGCUCCAAUCCAACUCUAUCAAGUUGUGGUUAACACAUGUGUGACUGCUUGGGGAAGCAUGAACAAAUAUUCACGUAUCCUAGGUAGGGCACUGGACACAAACCAUGAAAACAAUUCCAUAUAAGUCUAGAUUAAUGAACCAGGGAUUUUAUUGGGGUUUCUUGAAGGAAUAUGGGUGAGGGGUGUGGUGAUAUUUUAUCUGUGUCCCCCAAUAAAGUUUAUCUGAGGAUCAGAGGAAAAAGCCAGCCACUAUAUUAAACAUAGAAGUCAGGCAAUGGUAGCACAUGCCUUUAAUCCUAUCACUCAGGAGGCAGGGAUCCAUCUGGAUCUCUGUGAGAUCAAGGCCACACUGGGAACAGAGCCAGGUGUGGUGGCACAUGCCUUAAAUUCCGACACUAGUUAACCAUAAAGGUCUGGAGGUCUGUACAGACAGACAGGAAGUGACAAACUGGGCUGGAAGAGGAAGUGAUGUAGCUGGGUGGAGAGAAAAUGAGUUGACAGAACAGAAAAGCAUAUAGGCGGGGGUAGACAGGAAGUAGGUCUCUUUGGAGGCUGCA